ACCAAAAAUACCUUAAAAAGUCAGGCAGUAGGUUGGGCAAUCUUUCACUGUGUUUUGAGAUUGAAAUGACGCAAAUCAAGUUGUAAUGUUGUAAAUCUUUGUAGAUCGAUGCAAAUCGAGCCAAUUGAUAACCAUUUUGGUGGAACAAAUCGCAGCAAAGAAAGUUGAUAACUCUUUCCUUCUUUUUUUUUUUUCUUUUUGUUUGUCACGGUCUCCCCCCAUGUCUUUCUCUCAUUUUUUCUUUUUUCUUUUUUCUUUUUUAUUUUUUCUUUUUUCUUUUUAUGAAAAUAAUCUAUCCCUUAAUUUAGGCCUUAAUUCCAUCUCCAACGAUAUGAAAUUAAAGGGAUAAAAAUGAUAGAGGGAGGGGUGUAAAAUUGUAUCAUGUGGGUCGUUGGGGACACAAUCGGGAGCCUGAAUUAAGAGUUGUAGCUGGAAUUUUUUUUUUUCAUUUACACAUAAAUUUUAGGGACAUGCACCAAUAAAUCCCAAACUCUUAUCUUUUGACCCAUUUGGUCCUAUUUUUAAUCUUAUAAUCUAAUUAGUCCUACUCUAGUGUUAAUGACAACAUUACCCGUGUUUGACGCUGUUGACCACCUUCUAGUAAGGGUAAUUGAGGAAUACUCCAAUGUGGAUUUUACUGAAAUGCCCAAAGUUCUUAAUUGGUUGAUGUUUGUUCUCCCUCCAAGCAUAUCAGAAACGAAGAGACGUGGAUGGAAAUUUGCAUAGUACGCCGAUGUUAAUGGCGUAAUGUUAGGCGUUACAGUUGAAGAUUCUUUAUUGGUAAUGUGAAAUCCCUGUGGAUUGGGAUAAUAGAAUAGGAAAUUGCAUUUUACUCGAAACCCUAACGAAUACGCAACCAAAUCCCCUGUUCAUACGUCGAUACCAGCGAAGUGGGUGGCUGUGACACUGAUGUGCUUUGGAGCAGCAUUUGGAAAAUCUUCAUAAUCCGAUGGAAGUGACUGUGGUUGGAAAUAAUGACUCCAGGUAUGUUAAUCAUUGCUUUCGUUAGUGUUUGUGCGGUUGGGUUUUGCGCAAAAUGUGAUGUGUGUAUUAUCUGGCGAACUGCGGAGUAUUGUGCGUUUGAUAUAAAGUUGUUAGUAUGGAGGAUUUUGUGAAAUGCAUGCUUGUUGUGUAGAGUAGUUUGUCAAUGUUGUUGGGACGUUAUGGGUUCUCAGUUUGUUGCGUUCUGCUGGUUGUGUGCCCAUGUUAGUUUGUUCAAUGUAAAUUUGAUGUUAAUGAAAUUUUGUGAUCGGGUUUGUCCUGGAUUUUUGCUAUUUUUGUUGGUGGUGCAUAUGGUCCUGCAUUUGUGGGGGUAUUUUGAAUGGACUUGUGGGUUUUUUACAUUGAUCGAGAUAGUCGCAUAUUUUAUAUGGAGGAUCAUGUGUUGUGGGGGUUUUCCACUGGUGUGUGAUUAAUCAUCAUAGGUUGAUGAAGUGUGUUACACAACAUUCAAUUCAAAGUAAAGUAAUGACACAUGUCUUAGUUUUUUUAAUGAAUGAACAUCAUUUGGUUAUAGUCAAAAUUAUUGUGCUCUGCAAUUGUGGUUGGGUUUUGCACGAGUGCGUGAUUAUGGUUCGUUGGAUUUGUAUGUAAUGUAGUUCAAAGUAGUGAAUUUUCUUCGUUGGCACGCGAUAAUACAUUGGUUUUUAUGGUGUUGCAUGUAAUACGUGGAAGAUGUGUGGUAUGCAAUGGGUUGUUUAAAUAAAACGUUGGUGUGCCAUGUUAAUGGUAUUUACAUGUUUUACGUUUCUGAUGUGCCCCGGUGUGUGAAUGUAUGAGUUAUUUCGGUGAUCUAUUUGAUGGUGGUGUUUUUUGGCAUGGUUUAAUUUGGCAGGGCAUGCUCUACUAAUGUUCUACUACUGUUGUACUAAUGUUGCUCAUGAUUUGAUUUGGUGUGUAAAUUACUAAUGUUUUACUACUGCUGUAGUAAUGUUAUUCAUGAUUUGAUUUGGUGUGCUAAUUUACACGUAACAUAUGUUGCAGGUGGCAGUGGAAAUAGGAAUGGUAAACGGAACGUUGUGACGAGGUCACCGCAAACAUCGACACGGCUGGCUACAAAAAAACAAUCCAGGCUGCCAUUCAAAAAACAAAAAGGGCCGGCUGACAAUGUUAAGAAAGCUGAUGUUGGUCCGUCAAAGUUAAUGUACAGAUCGAACAUUUCAGGACUGAUUAGCACAGUGCUUCAAUUAGAUUUACGUGAUGGACACAUUAGACAGCUGCAAAAAACCCCGUUUGGGGUUAUGAUUGAUGCUAUUUGUGUUCACGAGCUUGAUCCAAAAGCGUUUAAGAAGUGUGAUGCAACUUUCUGUCGAAUUAUUCAAUGUUACAACCCGAAAGAUGAGAAGUUCCACGUUGGUGGAGCGAAGUUACCAUUGAGGAAUAAUGAUAUCAGGCUGAUAUUUGGGGUCCAGUGUAGGCAAGAGAAGUUGGAUUUGGCACAAGGUGGCAAAGGGCCCUCCAAUUUCAUGCAACAACGUUAUCCGAAUGUUAGGCGAAUCUCUUCAAAAGUUAUAAAGGAUCUGCUGGCAGAAGUAAUCUGUGGUCGUACAGAGCAUGACGAAGAAGAUGUGGCGAAGUUGCUGUGUCUCUAUGUUUGUGCGAAGUUAUUUUUCGCAACCACCGGCGAGCAUAUUGGUUGGGCGUUUGUUCGUGUGAUUGACAAGCUGGACACAUUAAGACAGUAUGACUGGACUGCAACAAUAAGGAACACGUUGAUUGACUCACUAAAUGAGAUGUACCACAGGCCAAAGAAAGUGACUGGUUGUGUCGUAGCGUUGCUGCCUAACGUCACUCCACGGUUUUGUCGAUGGAACAUUGGAGCAGCUGUGGCGAAAUUGAAAGUACUAAAUUUGAUGGAAGAAGGUUCCAUUGAGGUAUGGAAUAAAAUAGUUUCCAUGUCUUUAAUUUGUUUGCCCAAAUCAUACACUGAAUUUUUUUUCCUUAAAUGUUCUGUAUCCCCAGGUGCAGUGUGCGAAACUUGUUGGGACAAUUAGUGAGUGUCAUAUUCUGAAACUGGCUGUUGCUACGAAUGAGCCAAAUGAAUGUGGUACAAGUAGGAUGGAUGUGGAUCGCGAAGGGAGUGGGGCUGCUGUUGGGACGGAUGAUGUGGGCAGCAUGGGGCCUAGUUUGAAUUGUUGGCAGGUGGAUACACCAAAUGCUGGUAACAUCAAAAUGAAAGGUCGAGACGAUUAUGAGAAUAAAAAUACUGGUACACCAACCAGCAAGGUAAAAGUGGGUGGGAAGAUAGUGGCAGGUGGGGAAGUGUGGCCAGUCUUGUUCCCGGAUCUUCUAGAACUGUCCAGCACUCCAGAUGGUGAAGCCGUGGGUGAAGAACAAGGGGGAGUGAACGAUGAGUUGAGAUCUUGUAAUGUCAAAAUUGCUGAGUUGGAGAGUCAAAUACAGAGUAAAGACCCACGGGUGCGUGAACUGGAGCAGCGUGUCGAAAUGAUGGAGCAACUGCUAGGGAGGCAUGAUGGUAAUUUGUUUGUAGACUUAAAUAGUGUGAUUGUGGAAAAGGGUUCUGAAAUUGAUCGACUCAAUAAGGUGGUUGAUCGAUUGGAGUCAAAGAUAAGCAAUUUGCAGGAUAGUCUUGAUGAUUUUGAGGUGUACGAGGUGACGCAAUGUGUUGUCAAUGAUAGAUCAAAUCAGCGAACACCAAGCAAUAGUCUUUCAGGUAAAGUGAGUGGUUCUGGCCACAUCACGAGUGUAGAAAGUGCACAGCACUCUACGUGUCCUGUAGGCCAACCCAAAUACGUUGACACCACUGAAUUACAGAUUGUGGAGAACGAUGCUGGGAUUGAAGAUUUAACGGCUGACUUUUCCCAUGGGAAUGUACAUCCGACUGUGGUGCAGGUGGAGGGUAGUUGCAGUCCCCGAAAUGAGCAGCCAACGUCAGAUGGAAAUGUAAAUGUUGGCACAGCUGUCGUUGGCGUGGGUACUGCUUGUGAACACACAAAUGCUGAAACAAUUUCUAGGCCGAAAAUGACGUCGCUGGUCAAACGGGUGAAGACCAAACCAAGACGGGAAUUUAGGCUGUCUGACUACGAAUAUCCUGUCAUAUUUGGGCGACAACAAGUAAACGCGAAUGUGAGACUAGGUAAAUCGUUCGAGCCCGGGGUCAUUUACAGUGCUGAGGACGUUGAAGUGAAGCGGAAAAUCUGGCAUGGUUUUGGUAUGAACAGAAGGCACACUGUGUGGAACAUGUUGAAGGAUGAAGAUAGGCAACUACUAGAGAGAAUGUACAGUUUAGAGAGGGACGGGUUAAUAGUGUGGGACAGUGGACACAAUGGAAUACAAGUGCAUUUCACAGACAUCAAAGACCUAGUGCAGCAGAACUCCAUUCAUGGGAAUGUAAUUGAUGCAUACGCUGCUAUGUUGACUGAAAUGCGUAAGACGAUGUCUGGAAAAGCAGAAUUUGUGGGCACGACAUACGUUUACACUAGUGUGUGUUCGGAUAUGAUGCGGAACAGCAGCGCAAUGUCGCGAACAAAGUACUUGAACGUACACAUGAAGGCUGCGCGAGGGUACAGAUACACACUAUUCCCGAUCUACAAUGCCAACCAUUGGACAGUCAUGGCACACAAUUCAGAAAGUGGGAAUUGGAAACAUUACAACUCCAUGAGGCCAAGACGUGGAGUGCGUGAUGAGCAUUACAAUGAGGCUCUAAAAGUUAAAUAAUGGGUGGCCGACCACCACAACAAGUUUGUGAAACCAAGAGUUACAGCUGACGGCAUUGGGGCAGACCUUUUUUAUGGGAGUUUUGAAUCUGUUGUUGAUUGUCCACAACAAGUUCCAGAGUCGUCGGAUUGCGGAAUUUUCACAUGCUUCAUUAUCAGGCAAUACAUUCAUGGGGCAGAAGUUCAUACUACGAUGGACGGUCUCACACCAACUGGGCUACGAGCUGUAAUGGUGGACAUGUUCUUGAGUGACCUGGGCAGAGGACUCCGUGGUAGGACAUUGUAAGAGGUGUUCACGUUGCUCAUUCCAGAAGGUGCAAGAACGUGGUUACAAUGUUUUCUUCUUGGGUUUUAUGGACGUACAUAUAUGUUUUGUAAUUCUGUAAGAACAGAACGUUAGCAAGGAAAUUUUAAAUUGGGUAGCUGUCCUAUGUUGCUUUAUUAUCGUGGCAAAUGGUGCACCAACGGUUUAAGCGUUGGUUAGAAUUGGUUUUUUUGAAUGUUGAUAUUAUUUCUUAAGCAAUUAAAAUAGUUUCUUGGAUUCCACAUUAGCAGCUUUGAACCUUACAUGCGAAAAAAUUAUUUCUUACACGUCUACUAGUAUGCCAUUGUCCUUUUAUUAUCAUAUGGUGGAGAUGUGAUGGUAAUGUCCUUAACAAUGUGAAUUGUAUGUUUACGUUUUCAUGUGCAUAGGCAUGACAUUGUCUCUUAAUGCCAGAUGGUCCUUGGUAUAUAUAUAUGGUAUGAUCUACACAGGAGGUUACAUUUUAACAGUGAGUUGGGGGAAACCUGUUUUGCCACUAUGGAGUAAACGUGGUUUGAUCUCUGCGUAAGUUGACAAGCGCACAUCGGCUACGUGGUUAAUAUGGCAUGAGAGUAGAAUAAUUGGCCAUUGUCAUUUUAAGUAUCAUUGUAAGGACAACAUUUCAUUGUAAACGUAAUAUUACAUUGCAUUCAAAUUUUUUUAAAACAGUGGGUUUGUGGUGCAUAUUGUGUAUGACGUGCAGUGAAUUGCAAACAUACACCCAAACAUUAAAAACCAUUAGCCA